AUGGAAAACAAAACAGAGGUGGGUGAGUUCAUCUUGAUAGGCCUGACUGACCUCUGGGAGCUUCGGAUGACACUCUUCACUAUCUUUCUGCUAUUGUACUUAACUACUAUACUGGGGAACGGUGCCAUUGUGGCUGUAGCAAUAACUGAACCACAGCUACACACUCCUAUGUAUUUUUUCCUUGGGAAUCUUUCCUGCCUAGAUAUCUUCUAUUCCACAGUAACAAUUCCAAAGAUGCUCGCUGGCUUUCUAUCAGAGCUGCAAAUUAUUUCCUUUAGCGGUUGCAUGACUCAGCUCCACUUUUUCCACUUCUUGGGCAGCAGUGAGGUGAUCCUUCUUGGUGUCAUGGCAUAUGAUCGCUACGUUGCUAUAUGCAACCCUUUGCGUUACACCAUCAUUAUGAGAAAGCAGAUCUGUUUGAUCUUGGCUGCAGCCACAUGGACCACUGGUUUUUUUCAUGCCCUGAUGCAUGCAGUAAUGACUGCUCGUCUUCCUUUUUGUGGACCAAACCAUGUUGAGCACUACUUCUGUGAAAUUAAACCACUGCUGAAACUGGCCUGUGGGAGCACUCAUCUAAAUCUCAUGCUUCUCAAUACUGUCACCAGCUGCGUUGCUAUGGGUCCCUUUGUUGUCACACUGCUCUCCUAUUUCUAUAUUAUUAUUUUCCUUAUUUUCAAAGUUCAUUCGCAAAAGGGUCGGCAAAAAGCCUUCUCAACCUGUGGGUCCCAUCUGAUGGUGGUGGCUUUGCUCUAUGUACCAGUGUUGUUCAAUUACAUGCUUCCCUCUGUGGGCUGUGUGGCUCAAAGGGAAAUGAUGGUAACUAUCAUAUACAGUGCGGUUACCCCAGUUUUGAAUCCACUUAUAUAUACACUGAGGAAUCAGGAGGUAAAAAAAGCCUUACAAAAGAUUCUGUGUGGAAAAGUAUUCACUGAAAAGUAG